GGGUCGUUUACCACGCUCGCAUUUCGAGGAACCGUUUCUCGAACUUUUUCCCAGCCCUGCGCUUGUUGUGGGGCUGCCGUUGGUUUAUUUCGCCAGACGGGUGGCCAUGUUUGCCGCUAUGCUAAGCUAACCCAACCCAGCGCUGCUAAAAACGGGGGCGCCGUGUAUUUAAAGCAGGGGAAGGGGGGUAAAAAAGCGCUUCGGAACCACGAUUAGUCUUUCUGGACCCGCCUGUCCCUUUCUGCUCUUCCCGGGCCAUAAUAUUCAGGUGUUCGCGUACAGUGAAAAUAGUCCCCGCGCCGUAAAAAGCGACGGGCGCGAACUCCCGACUUCUUGUGCGCGUUUACCAGGCGGCUCGCCGCUGGAUUUAAAGGCGCAGACGUUCGGUUCGAACAACACCGAGUGAUUUAUUUAUUCGUUUGGUUAGUUAUUCCACCCCCACUCCCAGCUGCCGUGAGCGAAAAAGCCCCGAAACACGACGGACGCGUCGUGUGAACCGAGCCCUGUUUCUUGAGAAGUUUCCGCGGAGUGACACAGUCGGCGGUGGGUCAGCGGAUUUCGUUCCCGCCAUUACGCCACACGGCAGCCGAGGAAGCCGCUCCUGCAGCGUUUCGCCUAAACGACCAAGAUCGUUAAAUCUCUCCCGUGUCGCCCACAUAGAUCGUUUACCGCGGCCGUUGAUGAGGGCUACACGCCGGCGGCUGUGCCGUGACCGCGACUAACAGUCGCCGGGGCCCGAGAAAACGUUCGCCUACGGUCGAAUAACGCAGGCUAGGCUAGGCUAAGCUAAGCUAACCUAAUCGCCUCAGCUUCUGCCCGCCGGUUUCGUGACAGGAAAUCUGCUUUAAAAACACGCCAGCCGGGUCUAAAACGCGAGGUUGGCCCGCAGACGAACGGCGGAAAUCGUCCUACACGCCCCCAGAGCGAUUUGGCCAUUAACGCCGAGGUCUCUGCGUGCUGCGUGUGGGGAAGCGCCAUGUUGUCUUUGCUGCUGUGGGAGAGAGAAACUCUCUCCAUCUUUGUGUCCUCACUGAAUUUCCGCUCGCCGCGUCUCUCCCCGUCGGUCUCGGGCAGAACGAGCGGAAAACGCCCGCCACGGACCGCCGUUUUUCGGCUUGAGACCCUACGGCUCUCCGCUGGCGAUAAUAAAGAGGUCCCGGUUAGUUUAAUGGGCUUAAAGGCGGCGAGGAGCGCGGCUGGAGCUUCUGCCGCCGCCACCAGCCAAACGCCGCGUUUGUCAUGAGGAGCUGCUGCGAAAGGCGACGACACCACAGCCUCUCCAUCACUGCCAGCAGGGCACCUUGUGGGCUAAAGGUUCCUCUCUGGCCACGUUUUCCCAGUUUCUGGAUCUUAUCUGGCAAACGGGGGGGUCGGUUUAGAAAGUCCCCACCACGUGAAUCUGAAGUUCAUGUUCCAGGGAAUGUUCCUGGAACGUGGGUUUACAGUAAGGGCUGGGCAGCGUGGCACAAAAACACCCGAGGAACAGCAGGAGCAGACAAACACACACACAACGAAACCAGAACCGGGGACAGCUUGUCAGAGUUUGACAGUAACAGCAGAAUCUCAAAGAGGGUUCACAUCAUGCAACCGCAGGUACGAGAACUUGUCCUCGAUAACUGCAGAUCAAAUGAGGGGAAAAUUGAAGGCCUCACAGCAGAAUUUGUCAAUCUUGAAUUUCUCAGUUUGAUAAACGUUGGUUUAAUCUCAGUGUCCAACCUCCCUAAACUUGGAAAACUCAAAAAGUUGGAACUCAGUGACAACAGAAUUUCCGGUGGACUUGACGUUUUAGCAGAAAAACUCCCAAAUCUCACACAUCUAAACCUGAGUGGAAACAAACUGAAAGACAUCAGCACAUUGGAGCCUUUGAAAAAACUAGAUCACUUGAAGAGUCUCGAUCUUUUCAACUGUGAAGUGACGAAUCUGAAUGAUUACCGGGAGAGCGUGUUCAAGCUGCUGCCGCAGCUAACGUACCUGGACGGGUACGAUCUGGAGGACCGCGAGGCGUCCGACUCGGACGGGGAAGUGGACGGAGUGGACGACGACGACGACGAAGAAGGAGAGGGGGAAGAGGAUGAGGAUGGUGAGGAGGAGGACUUUGAUGAGGAAGAAGAUGACGAAGAGGAGGAUGAGGACGAGGUAGAAGGAGAGGAAGAUGACGAGGACGUCAGUGGAGAAGAUGAGGAGGAAGACUUUGGACAGGAUGGAGAAGUAGAAGAUGAAGAUGAGGAUGAAGAUGAUGACGACGAAGAAGAAGAAGGAGGAGCGACGAAGGGAGAGAAGAGAAAACGAGAAGCGGAUGACGAAGAAGACGACGAGGACGAGGACGACGACUAAGCCAACGAGCCAAUCAGUUACCAACCGCUCCCUCCCCCAGACCCCACCUUGACCUUUGCAUCCCACUCGGCCACCCCCCACCCCCCCUGUCCCUCCACACUUCUCCCCCAGCUCUGAGCUCCCUGUGGGGGCGGACUGUACUGGACGGGUGCGGCGUGUGGAGCUUCACCCGUGGAGCCCAGCGAAAGCUCACUCAGCAUUCCACAAGUUCACUGUCAAGCCCUGCCCUUUGACCUCCCCCUUGCCCCACCCGCCCCGCCCCGCCCUGCCCUGCCCUGUGUGUUUAAAGACCCGUGUGAGGACUUAGGGGACUGGUAUCUAGUUUUGGGUCUGUGCUUUUAAUAUUUUGUUGAAAUUGUUUAUUUUUUUUCUUCUUCUCUCUCUUUUCUUUUUUAUUUUAUUUUAUUUGCUGUUGAGUUUUUGUUUUUUUUUCCUUUGUCUUUUCGUUCCCAAUUUCCCAAUAAGAUUUAUUGCUAUAGCAAAUGUGUGACAAGCAAGCCAUAAUUUUAGUGUGGCGGCCUGUCGCGCAAAUCAAGGUUGUAGCUACAUUUUUACUUUCUGUAAGACAACAAACAAAAACAAAACUUUGUAAAUAAAAUGAUAACAUUUUGUGCUU